AUGGCGGCUUUCUCUGGGUCCUUCACCCACCUUAUCCUAACCGACUCAUCCCUUUUUUUCAUCCCACUCCUAAACCUCGACACAUCGCUUGCUACUUUCUGGUUGGAGAUUUUAGAGUGCACUGUCGCCCCAGUUGCAAUGGCAGACAGUGACCACGAGGCUCACUCUUCAUCAGACGAGCAGGGCUCCUGUCCUGCCUCCCCCAAUCACGACAGAGACCAUGAUGUUGAGCAGCAUUCAAGCCUUUCAGAUGACUCAGAGGUAGAGAACAUUAUGCAAGACCCUCACCAACAAGGAGGGCACGGCCACCAUCACCAUGACCACCACCACCAUGACCACCACCAUGAGGACCAUGAGCACCAUGAGUUUGAGCACGAACAUCACCAUCAGGCCCCUGAGAAUCAUGAUGUUGACAGGGAAGCUGAGGGCGAAGACCGCCCCCACACCCCGUCUUAUUUGCGUCCCCCUGUGGCAGGCAGGGCCCAGUCGGAUUCAGGUUCAGACCCCAGUUUGCAGCAGAGCAGGAGUGUGGAGUUUGACUUACCGUCUCCUGUUGGUACGUCCAGGCCCAAGAGCCCCUGGGGUCGAUUUGACCCAUACAACAAUAAUGAGGACCAGGACAAGGAAUACGUCGGUUUCGCAACGUUGCCAAACCAGGUGCAUCGCAAGUCCGUCAAGAAGGGAUUUGACUUCACGCUCAUGGUGGCAGGGGAGUCUGGCCUGGGAAAGUCCACUCUGGUCAACAGCCUGUUUCUCACAGAUCUUUACAAAGAUAGGAAACUGCUCAACGCUGAAGAGCGAAUCACACAAACUGUAGAAAUCACCAAACACACGGUGGAUAUAGAAGAGAAAGGUGUGAAACUGAAACUGACCAUCGUGGACACCCCUGGGUUUGGAGACGCUGUAAACAACACUGAAUGCUGGAAGUCGGUGACUGACUACAUCGACCAGCAGUUCGAGCAAUACUUCAGAGACGAGAGUGGCCUCAACCGCAAGAACAUCCAGGACAACCGUGUGCACUGCUGCCUGUACUUCAUCUCACCCUUCGGUCAUGGUCUUCGACCUUUGGAUGUGGAAUUUAUGAAAGCUCUGCAUGAGAAGGUCAACAUCGUCCCUAUUUUGGCCAAAGCUGACACACUCACCCCGAGUGAGGUGAAGAAAAAGAAAUUCAAGAUCAGAGAGGAGAUUGAGCAGUACGGUAUCAAGAUUUACCAGUUUCCUGACUGUGACUCUGACGAAGACGAGGACUUUAAGCGAGAGGACCACGAACUGAAGGAAAGCAUUCCCUUCGCUGUAAUCGGCAGCAACACAGUGGUGGAGGCCAAAGGGAAGAGGGUGAGGGGCCGCCUGUAUCCCUGGGGCAUCGUAGAAGUGGAGAACUCGGGACACUGUGACUUUGUGAAGCUGAGGAACAUGCUCGUCCGCUCGCACAUGCAAGAUCUGAAGGACGUGACCCGGGAGACCCACUACGAGAACUACAGAGCCCAGUGCAUCCAGAGCAUGACCCGCAUGGUGGUGAAGGAACGCAACCGCAACAAACUAACCCGGGAGAGUGGCACAGACUUCCCCAUCCCCGCGUUGACCGGAGGGAUGGACAGCGAGACGGAAAAACUCAUCCGAGAGAAAGAUGAGGAGUUGCGGCGGAUGCAGGAGAUGCUGCUGAGGAUCCAGGAUCAGAUGCACUCUCAGAAAGAUGCCUAUUAA